AUGAUCUUUGUUCAUUGCUUUUACAGUCUUCUGUGUCAGAUUUCAAAGGAAGAAGUUAGUGACUUAUUUUCACAGUCACUAAGUAAUGGACAUUGUACAGCCUUCAGUUUCCCGCAUGUUACAAAACUAAGCGUUGUAACGCGAAAGGAGAGAAAGUUCAGUAUAAAUUUUACCCACGAUCCUGAUGAAGAAUGUGAAUGGGUUUCCAGUUAUGCUGUAUGUUGCUCCUGCAGCUGCUCUUAUCGGUGUUCAUGUUGGAGAUGA